UAAUAAACGUACCAACUCCAUUGUCUAAUAACGUUGAUGAUAUCUUCCUUUCUUCUCCUACUCUCCCAAGACCUGUGUUCGGGUAAAAUAGUAUUGUGAAUCAAGAUCGGCAUAUAUAAUGUCUAAUAACAGUUUGAUGAUAUCUUUCUUAUUUCUCCUACUCUUCCCAGGCUGUGACUGGUGUUCAGGUUCCAUCAUCACAGGAUUUUUUGACGAACCAUUGGAUCUUUCCUGUAAUGAAAAUAAUGAUACUAAGCAACCAAUAGAAAAGCUGAUUGUUAUUCUCAAAUUGAGCAAUGCUACUGAUACAACUACAACUAAAUUUGUYUCAUACAAUGGUACCAAAGUUUGCAAUGAAGAUCAUUGGCUGUAUAAUAUAUGCCUGUCACAGGUGACGUCAUAUUUGACCAAAGAUGAUCAAGUCCAUUUCGUUAUCAUGAAUCCUCCACCAAUACUCAAUAAUUGGGAGACUUACUGUGCGUAUGAAUACAAGGAUAAGAACAUCCUUAGUCCAGGACGAACGAUUAAACUUCAAGGCAGGAUUAAAGGCUACGUUGGUGGAAGAAUAUAUUUUAAUCGUUCUAUCCCGCAAAACGAAUGCAAGUCGACAAAGGUCGUUUUGAAAUUCAACAAUAAAGAUGUUAAAGCGGUCAACGUCACAAAAUCAAGUAAUGAAUUUGCUUGUGUGAACGAUAGUGGAUAUUGUAAAGUCUGUCAGGAGCACAUGAAUUUAUCGUACGUCAACGGCAGCAGCGUCGUCUUCGUUUUGGAAAAGACACCAGCCUCCCUYAACAACACCRAACUACAUUAUGCCUUAAAGUACUUUGGCUGUUUUAAGGAAAACUAURAAGAUGAAUUAGGGAUCAUUAUUUUCCUAUAUAAGCAAAACGAAACUAUGGCAACUACUGCAGCUACAGCAGCUACAGCAACUACAGCAGCUACAGCAACUACAGCAACUACAGCAACUACAGCAGCUACAGCAACUACAGCGACGAUGACCCCAACAAAAGAAACGACGACCCCAACAAAACAAGGUUUGACGGGUAAAGCAAAAGCUGGCAUCGUUAUUGGGUGUGUCCUUUUUGUUGCUAUAGUGGUUGGAAUUGUGUGCUGGUGGAAACGAAUGUGUUGUUUUCGACAAAACAACAACCCGAUCCCGACCAAUGAGGAUGACGUGAAUGAUGAAGAUCGCCACGUUACAGUGCAAAUCGAAACACUGUGGGCACCUAGAAAUAUUCUAGGAAUGUUAUAUGGAUCUCCUUUGGCCAAUCAGAAUUGACUUUCAAACAACAACAUAACGGAAGGAUAACAAUAACGCUUCUGAUUGGCCGAUUAAACAUUUAUGAAAUAUUUCUAGAUGCCCACUGUUUUUCGAUUUGCACUGUUAUUGGUUGACAUGACAAAACGACACCAAGACCAAAUCUUUUGUUGGUUAAAGUCAACCAAAUUGAUGGCUAUGACGUCACAUGCACCCUAAGAAUUGCUUGCCACUCUAACUUUGAUAAGUCUUCACAUUCGAGCUCGUUAAAAAAAUACAUAGAGGAUAUUACAUGGGCGCGCGGAGAUACGAAAUUUAUAGUCCAGUAGCAGAGUCCGGAAAAUAGGGGUUUCGUUCAACUCACAGGUUAGAAAAGGUUUGACACCAGAUUUUAAUAGCAAAAGACCUCUUGAAUAACCCAGAGCAGUUUUUAAUGUUGAAAUGUGGUAUAGGUUC